AUGAUCAAUGUUGUUGAUCUACUGAUUGAUUUAUGGUUCGAUCAUCAUACAUUGAGUGAAUGGCAUCUACAACUAUUCCUAACAGAGUGUAUCAAGCAUAAUAAUGGUAGACCAUCAACAAGAUUGACAAACAAGCUCACAUCAAUCACCAAUGCCCGUGUCACAAUCAAUACAUUGUUGCCCAAUAUCAACCAGAUACUGGUCAGCACGACUAGUCCAGUGGACUUGUACCAAGAUGACAACCUCAGGAAGAAGGCAUGUGCACGUAUCAUACUUGGACGACUGGCCAAUGACCCUCCCUUCAAAGGCGAUGUCACCAAACAAUCUGAACUCUUGACCGAACUACUGCGAUCAGAGUCCAACUUCAACCUCUACCUCUGGAUGAUGUACCUGUCAACAUCGAGCACUGACCACAUGGCAUCACUGAACAAGUUGUUGAUCGAUGUGUUGCGCAAGGAUAAUAAGGUGCGUGCUCAGUUCAACCUAUCGUGCGACAUUAGUCUGUUAUUGGCAUUGAUAUCGAUUGAUCGCCACUUCUUUGACUUCCACGUACAGACAUUGUUCACUAUUGCCGAUCAUUAUAUAUUCAAAUUCCAAUCGCCGAAUGAAGAGCGCGCAGCAAUGCUACUGCAGAAGCUUAGAGCACUGCGAUCAUUGUCACGCAACAAUGACAUACAGAGAACACUCGAGCAAAAGAUCAAUGCCAUCGUCACCAAGUCAACAAGUGGUGCAGGAGUCAAAGUGAUCAAUAGAUCAAUAUUCGAAGCGAUACAGUCAAUCAUUAGGUAG